AUGCAUAACGAUCAUAGGACUACUACCGCAUUUUAUUAGGCUAUGGAUUUGAAUACUAUUUUAGUUUUCCACUAUGGGUUCUAUAAUGAAAGCUAUCUGUUUGAGCAAAUCCAAGGAAUUAACCAUGAAAACUUCUUCAUAUAGUCAGAUAUAAAAGUUAAAGUGUACUUUUCCAAGGUUAUCAAUAAACUUGAUGAUUUAUUAGUACUAGUAAGAGGGUUUUGGCAUUCAAGAAGACAUAACUCAAGCUUCGAUGGGAAUAUGAAAAUUUUAAAUUCUCAUUACUUGAUUUAAAUGCUAUAAGAUUUCAAUAAUUUCAGACUCUAAACUGAUAUAGCUUAUGAAUAUUCUUUGAAAAAUGCAAACAUUAAAAAGAUAAAAUAUGAGUAUGUUGAAAAUGCGAUUAAUAAAGGUAAUCUAGCCUACUUUUUGGAAAAUAAGGAUUAUUUCAUCAUGAUGACAUCUUUUGGGGAUUUAAAUUGUCUGUUAGUUGAACCAUUUUGGAGAAGAAUGGCCCUUGAAUUAACUAGUCUAGUACCAGAUCUCGAAAUAAUGUAUACUGAAAUGACUGGAUAUCAAAUAUCGAUGGAAUGGAAUUUUCCAACUCCUUAAUUUAUCCUGAUUAGCCCUAGAAGUUAUCCUCAUGAAAUUGAAUUUUAUGAUGACGAAAUCAAUUAAAUUAAGAUUCAUUAUUUCUUGGAAUAAUACUCUUACAGCUAUAAAAAGCAUUAUAAAUUACUGCCAACUUAUAAUAGUAUUUCUCAGUAUUAAGAUCAAUUAAAUGACUUAAAUAAAGAUGAUGAAGAUUAUCUCCAGUUUGAAAAAGAUUUUUAAAAUAGAAUAAAUGCGAAUAAAGAAGUUUAAGAGGAGAAAUUAGACUCAAGCCUUGGUUAUCUUUAAAAUCAUUGCAUUGAUGGUACAAAGGAUUAGAAAUAUAUUUACAAUUACUUUAAAUCAUACACACAUUAAUUUGACUAUGACACAAUAGUUGAGCAAGAUGCCAUUGCUAGAUAUGAUUUAUUGCUAGGCUACGAGAUAGCUGAGUUUGGUAUGAUUGGAAAUUGGAGAGUAGGAUAACCUUUUUAUAUGAUUAUGAGCAGAGCUCACAAACAGGAUGUAAAUAUUGUGCUAGUAGGAGCGCCAUUAAUUGAUGAUGAAUUUUGGAAAUAUCAUACAAUCUUGAAAAAAGGCUACUUGCCUUUAGGUAUUAUGUCCUAUAGAAGUUGGCCAAAAAACCCUACUGAUUAUCUGGGCAAUUUUUAACCAAGAUUUAAUUUUGCAGAAUCAGACCUUCAGUAUGAAGUAAUUUCAGCUUGGUAUCCAGGAGAUGAAAUAGAUCAAGAACCCAAAAAGGAAUUUGAUCUGACUAUCGUGAGUAUAGGAGAUUCCCUUUGGCAUAAUUAAACCAAAAAUUGGCCAUUAGCAGUAGAGUGUUUGCGAAAAUUAUGCUAGGACCUAAAGAUUAAAAUUCUUUUAAUAGGGAGAGAACCACCAGAUGAUCUAAAGGAUUGUAUAAUUAAAAAGGAAAUACUACCUUUUGAUGAAUUUCUAUUUCACUUAUUAAGAACUAAAGUAUUAUUUGUUCCAAGUAUUUCUGAUGCUUCACCAAGAGUUAUUACACAAGCGAUGAGCAUGAAUGUUCCUUGUAUAGUGAACUAUAACAUUGUUGGUGGCUGGAAAUAUAUAAAUAAUUAAACUGGGGUAUUCUUCAAUGAUGAAAAUGACAUAGUAUAAUCUUAUCAAGAUUUGAUGAUGAGACAAAAUGAAGGUAAAUUAAAUCCUAGAAAUUGGUACAGAGAUUAUUCAACAAUGGCUUCAAAGAAAUUGCAAAUUUUUAUAGAAAUAAUGAAAGAUCAGUAAUAUCAGGGUGAGAAUGAGAAAGGAUUCACUCAUUAAUCAAAAUAUGAUGCAUAAAUUAUGGAUUACGAUGAAGCUUUUGAAAAAGGUCUUGUACCUGGAUCUCCAAAUUAUAUUAAAUAGUCUAAAGUAGAUGAAUAAAUCAAUGAAGAUAAAAAUGAUUUUUACCUUUUUGGAUUUAAUUUUGGAAAUUUAGGCAUUUUUUGA